AUGGCGCGUCUUACAAAGAGACAAAAACAAGUAAAUAGUUUACCUAGAAAACGAGGUUGCUUUGUGCCUCAAAAGGAAAUACAAGAAGUCACUGAAAUGCAGGAGGAAUUCAUAUCAAGAGCACACGAGAUAGGUGAGGUCGUGAAUAUGAAAAAAAGGGUAUAUACUAAAACUUCAAGGACAACAAUCUGGAGACAGAAUAAAAAAAGGAAAGAUCAGGAAAAAGAUGCGAAGGAAAAGAAAAAGGAUAUAUUACUUGAUGCUAAAACAUCAAGUGAUGAUGAAACAUUGACUACUAUGUCAUUACCAUCACCGUUAUCCCAAGCAAUCAUACAAAAUCCGACAUCAAUGUUAUCAUUAUCACAGCCAGCCCAAGUGAUCACACAGAGCCCGACAUCACAUAUCGAUACCUCGAGCCUAUAUAGACGUUUAGAAGAAGUUAGCAGACAAUGUGCAAUAACAAAAUCUUCGAAAGCUAGUGUACCUACCUAUGAUUAUUUACGCCUUUUAAGUAUAAGUAAAUUCAUACGAUUGUUAUUGAAUGGAAAGGGUAAAAUGGAUGCUAGCAAGCAGAUCGCGCAAGCCGUGUGGAAUAAAGGUGAAUAUAUGGCGAGAUGUAUUCGAAAAUGGGGAGACCAUUAUUUACAAACGGGAGAGCUUCUUACCGAUCAGCAGGGAAAGCAUAAGAAACUAACGGCUUUGUCUGAUGAUAAUGAUUUCUCUAUAAGCUGUCAAUUGUGGUUACAACAGCAAAAACCGGAAUCGCAUUCACCUGGAGCCCUUAAAAUAUAUAUUGAAAAAACAUUAUUUCCGAUGUUAGAGCAUUUUAAAAAGGAUACCAUUUCUGAAUCAACUUGCCAAAACUAUAUGCAAAUGUGGGGGUAUAAGUAUGAUGAAAGACGAAAAGGCAUUUACUAUGAUGGGCAUGAACGAUCAGAUGUGGUGAUGUACAGAAAAGAAUGA